GAGGUGGCCUAUGCUCGGUUCCCCCCCUCCUCCCUCCCCGCCCUUUCCCCCAGCCGCCGCCGGGCGCCAUGCGGGUGCCGCUGCUGCUGCUCCUGGCGCUCACAGCGCUGCUGGCGUCCCGCCGGAGCGCGGCCUCCCGCGGGGAGCAGCCGCCCGCAGUGCCUUCACCAACAGAAAUUGUAGUAAGAUCUGAAAAUUUCAGAACUCUUUUGCAUUGGCAGUACCCACCUGUGUCUGAAACUCCUCAUUUUAUUGUGGAAAUCAAGCCUUACGAUUUUGAUUCCUAUAAGACCGUCUCAACUUGUGUGAACACUUCAGCUUAUUUUUGUGAUCUCUCAGGGGAAAUAUGUGAGCCUUAUUUGUCUCACUGGCUUCGACUUAAAGCUGUUAUUGGGUCACAACAAUCUGAAUAUGUUGAGACAAAAGAGUUUAUUUUGCAAAGGCAUGGAAAAAUAGGACCACCAAAACUGAAUCUCUCAAGGCAUGGUGAUAAAAUCAUGGUUAAUAUUUACCAUCCUUUAUUCCCUAUUUCUUGUAUUGAGGACAUUUAUUUAAAGCUUGAGUACCUGGUGACUUUUCGGAAUAGUACAAAUGAGGAGACUGAAGAGUUCUAUGCAGACAACUGUACAAUGGAAAAAUGUAGCCUCAAUAUCCGAGUUCCUGAUGAAGGUUCCACUUACUGUGUUUCAGCGAAGGGAAUUUUUGAUGAGCUGAUGAUUGGCACCCCAUCAGAGGAAAGCUGCAUUCUUGUUCCUGUCAAGCGGGCAUUGAGUGUACAAUGGAUCGUCAUUGUGUGUGUUGUUAUUGGGAGCCUGAGCGUAAUGGUGAUGGUAUAUUUUGGCUGCAAGAGACUAAGGAAAAGGAACAUAACGCUGCCUAAGGCUUUGGUCAGUGUGAUGAGGAACCUCAACAAAGACACCUUACUUGUAGGGCCAAAAUUGGAGGGGAAGUAUAUAUCUGUAAUAAGCUUCACGUCAGGCCAGUCAGCAUUGCCAGAGAAUGGUGAAGUAACCUUGCUGGAGAUAGAGCCAGAAGAAGAAACUGUUAGUCCUAAGAAUUCCGGUGAUGGAGAAUCUUCUGUACUUACCCUGGAGGCACCAGCCAAAGCAGAAGAGGAGUCUGUGCAGGAAAGCACAGAGGAGGUAUCUUAUGAUGCUGAUGAACAGAAUUACAAAGUAAAAGAGAGUUAUUUCAUUUCUGACAGUAGCCAAAUGGAUACAUGCAGUAACUCUUCAGGUACAGAGGUUUCUGCCACAGAAACACGGCAAGAAGUCAUUCCAAGCAGCUGUUUCAAGUUUUCUGGCUAUGACAAGCCUCAUGUUCCAUUAAAUAUGUUGAUGAUAGAUGUUGGUGAAGAACAGCCUGUGAAUACUUACAGGCCAACUGAGUAACCAGGAUAACAAAAGUGUUUAACCAGAACUCAGGAAAAACAGCAUUACUGAAGAUUAUGGAAAAUCUGAGUUAAAUCAUGAACAUCUGCAAUUUGUACUUGUUCUGAUCCAACCAAAGUAACCAGUGCGCAAGUGGAAGUAGUGCCUGAAAACUGCAUAAAAAGUGUGGGGAAAUUUCAUAAUAACCAUUUCUAGAAGAGUUUUUGUAUACAAUAUAGUUUAGUAUUUCCUAUUUGAAGUAGCACUGUGUGUUUUUUAAGAAUACUCUACAGGAAACAUAUUUCAUGGGCUAUAAAACAGCAACUGUACCAUUAGUCACUUCUGUUUCAGAUCCUUUUCAAAAUUAAUUUGAUGAACAUAGUACUUAAGAAGUCCUUUGUUUGAUUAUGGUAGAGAUGUGCAAGAAAUGUUUGAGAGUUUUUGCCAUUAUUGGAAGUGCCCUCUUGAUUGCCUUCUUCUCUUGAAGGUAUUUUUAUAUUAAAUUAAAUGCUAGUAUUUCUUUUAAGGAAGAGUAUGCAUAUAAGCUCUUCCUGUAUAACUUAAGAAUUUGAUUCCAUGUUAAAGAAGUAGGGAGUAAUGGCCAUAAACUAAAAAUGCACAAAAUUCCACCUCAACAUGGGGAAGAACUUUCUUACAUUGAGCGUGGCAGAGCACUGAAGCAGACUACCCAGGGAGGUCGUGGAGUCUCCCUCUCUGGAGACAUUCCAAACCCACAUGGACACAUUCCUGUGACCUCUGUUCUAGGUGCCCCUGCCUUGGCAGGGGGGUUGGGCUGGAUAAUCCCCAGAGGUACCUUCCAACCGGAUUUUGUAAUUAUGGGAAAGAACCAGUUACUUGUAGCUUUUCCUGUGACUAGAAAUAUGUUAUUAGAAUCAUAGAAUAUCCUGAGUUGGAAGGGACCCAUAAGGAUCAUCAAAUCCCAACUCCUGGACCUGUACAGGACAGCCCCAGGAAUCACAUCAUGUGCCUGAGGGCAUCAUCCAAACGCUUCUUGAACCUGUCAGGCUUGGUGCUGUGAUCACUUCCCUGUGGAGCCUGUUCCAGUGCCCAGCCAGUUUUCUUCUGGGUGAAGAACCUUCUCCUAAUAUCCAACCUACACCUCCCUGAAACAGCAUCCUGCCAUUCCCUCAGGUCCUAUAACUGGACAGCACAGAGAUCAGUGGCUACCCCUCCUCUUCCCCUCACAGGGAAGUUGUAACUGCAGUGAGGUCUCCCCUCAGUCUCCUCCAGGCUGAACAGACCAAGUGACCUCAGCUGCUCUGCGUACAGCUUCCCCUCAAGGCCUUCACCAUCUUUGUAGCUCUCCUUUGGACGCUUCCAGGACCAUCACUUUGUAGAUUUCAGUUAAUUAGCAGGAGACAUUUUCCUUUGUAGCUUAAGUCCUGUGACCAAAAAAACCUACCUGUUUUUAAAACUGCUGUUAUUUGAGUAUGGCUGCAUCAAUUUGGACCACCAAGAUACAGUGUGUAACCGUGUCAUAUUCUGGAUAACUCUGGAAUGUAUUAGCAUGCUGGCUGAUCAUCAGUGAAAAAAAGUGUCUAAUGGGUGUUGCACGAAUUCUUAAGAAAUUUUUUUCAGAAUUCAUAAGCCUGUUUCUUCUGGGGCAUUUUUAUUGUAAUUCUUAGAACAAUCCUUAAAUACAAAUCAAUAGGACUUCUUCCAAACAUGUUUUCUAGCAGGUUGAAAAUUACUACCAUUUUUCCCCUUUUUAUGGCGUAACUCAGGAGCUACAACAAAAUCACCUGCCUCUAAAAAUACAUCUCAAGACAAUAGAAAAACAGUGUGGUAAGUUGUAGUUCAUAAGCUAUCGCCAUCUGACAGCCCUCUGAAUUUUGUGGCAUAGAGAUUGUAGUUUUGAAAACUGUAAGAUAAGGAUCUUUUUAUAUUUUUUUAUUAUAUUUAAAAUCCAUUUAAUCCAUUUAUUUCCCCUUAGUCAAGAUUUGAUAGGUAUUUUCUAUUUGUAGGAUAUGUUUUCUUCAGAACAAAAGAAUGCUUUACAGACACAAGUUGGUCUAUUCAUACAAAAUUGUAUCUUUGUUUUAAAAGAUGUCUUUGUAGGAUUAUCAGAACUGUUAGCAUGUUAGAGCAGAUGGUUUUGAAGGAAAACCAGUGAUAGGAGUAUUAUUAAGAUGAACUUAGCUUAUACAGCAGUUUCUGGACUGCUUCCAUUCCUGCAUAUAUCAGAUAUUGACCACAGUGCUACAAAAAAUUUUAAGACAGUAGCUAUUUUUCCCAUCACUAACUACAGGAAGGUAACAGAUUGCUUAGCAGGAUUUUGAUAAUUAUAGGAAAAGCCAAAUCAAGCAUGUGAAUUUUAUAGUUAUGCUGCAAUGGAAAACCCGACUCAAAAGACUUGAGUAUUUGUUAGCUGGCUGUGAUUUGUUUCUGCAUUAUAUUCAAACACAGUGAGAUCACCUAGCAGCUUUUUCAAUGUCAUGGUCUAGGCUGAGUUCCUAGAAGGCAACGCUUAGUGACUUACUGCUUGGGAUCCAUUAAUGUGUAGGUAUCUCCAUGGCAGAAGUGCAGAAAAUAACUCUGUUGGUGUUACAAGAAGGCUUUUUGAAAAUCAGCAUUAACUUGCAUUUAAAACUGCAGCUGAACUGACUUUUCAAUUAAUCAUAGAAUCAUGGGAUCAGCUGGGUUGGAAAGGACCUCUGAGAUGGUCAAGUCCAACCCCUGAUCCACUACCAUUGCAGUUACUAGACUAUGGCACUCAGUGCCACAUCCAGUCUCAUCUUAAAAACCUCCAGGUAUGGAGAAUCCACCACUCCCUGGGCAGCCCAUUCCAAUGCCUGAUUACCGUCUCUGUAAAGAAUUUCUUCCUAAUAUCCAACCUAAAUGUCCCCUGGCAGAGCAAUGCCCUCUUGUCUUACUGAUAACUGCCUGGGAGAAGAGACCAACCCCCACCUGGCUACAACCUCCUCUCAGGUAGCUGUAGAGCGUGAUGAGGUCUCCACUGAGCCUUCUCUUCUCCAGGCUAAACAAUCCCAGCUCCCUCAGCCUCUCCUCAUAGGACUUGUGUUCAAGUCCCUUCACCACCCUGGUUGCUCUUUUCUUGACCUGCUCCAGCACCUCAGUAUCCUUCGUUUUAGUGAUGUGGUUCAUAUCUGAAGCUUCUAGCUGUCUGUCUGCUGAGGAGGUGAGCAGCUGUGUCUUGUGCAGAGCUUGAUGUAACUGCUUUCUGGGUUUGGAGGUUUGUUGACAAAUAUGAAUUGUAAUAAAUACCUCAGAACUUUAUAAAUGUCACAUAACUGUUUAGGUUAAACUUGACUCAGAAGGGAUAAAUAGAAACUGUGAAGUUGCCUUGGUUUUGGGAAGAAGUUUCUGAUCAGACAGAUCUGCGUAUCUGCUGCGUAUCUUCUUUACAACUGCUCAGAGUAUUAUAUCUUCUUGCAAAUAGUAGUUUGUUUUCCUUCUGUCAGUCUUGUCCAAAAAAAAAUAUGUUGAUGUUCUCCAAGAGGGUCAUGAAUUACCUGUAGCAGGUAAUUCGUGCUAUAUCCAUGUGAUAUAUCUGCCUCAAAGCCAAGAUCCUGUCAGAAGAAUGUAAUUUCGUGGAAAAUUAGAUCUACAUUCUUAGCAGUGCAUGUGGAAACCCUGGUGCUGUUAGGAGCUAAGACUCAGCAUCUUAGAUUUGUGUGAACAUAAGGGAUCACUAAGUGUUUUAUGUUCUGGAAGGUUCUCCUUUGCUGCCACACUAGAAGAGGAAUGCAGAUAGAUGCAUUUUAAAACCAAGUGACUGUCUCAGAUUCUUUUCCCCCUGCAAUACCUUGUACAUUGUUCUGAAUCUUUCAAGUCACAUGUAGUCGUAUGUGAGUAAAAGGACCCAGCCAGAAGCUAGGACAUAAUUAAGAACAACAAUGUUAAGAUCAAUAAGAAACGGCACAGAAAUAAAUCAUAAACAUAUGGGAAAAAUUUGGCAUGACAGAUAGUCACAUGUAAUGGAAAGGCACUGUUAUCUUGUAAGCUGAAAAUCAGGAACAGUAACAUUGCUACAUACAAUAACAGUGCUUGGUACUGGACCACAUAUAUAUGUAUACACAUGCACACAACUGACUUCGUCUUGUAAUAUUACAAGGUUAAAUGUAUUUUUUAAUGAAAAUUCCUGAACUCUAAUUACAAAAGCCACUGAGUUAGCACCAUCCCUGCAGGUCUGUCUUCUGUAUGCUGUAUACUUAACAAGUAGCCAGUAGCACAAGGAUAGUUUAGAUGUUUAAAUUGUUCUGGCCAGCUUACAGGGUUUUUAAAUUGUGAAAUAAAGUUUAAGGGUGCACAAAGCAUGGGAUUCUUUUAUUAGCUGUGACUUCCCAAAAAUGUGAGGCCACAGUGAGACAAGGAUGUCUUUCCAGGUCAUUAAGCUCUGUUUCUCCCAGUCCUGUUUUUAGCAGUUGCCAGUAGUCGUAUUGAGAGGCUAAAACAGGGCAAGUGCCUCAUAGUAUCUCUGUUAGAAUACAAUCCAGCAGAUUGCAGUGUGAGGACUUCGUGGGACAAGGAAAUGGAAAUGUCUUUCUAGCUCCAGCUAGUCAGCAUUGCUUCUGCAGUUCUGCAGUACCAAGUACCUAAGCAAUGUCCAUGUAGUUGGGAGGCUGUCAGGGAGUAUUUAUCUCUGCAUUUUCACCUAAUUUAGUUAGUUUAUUUUAAUAAAUUAAUAUUCUUGUGAGGAAGAAGUAGUUUGCUUGAGCUUCUGGAUAUUUGUGCACAGCACCUUGACAUAGGAUAUGAAAGUGCCUAACAAUUACACAUUCAAAAUAAUAUUCAUACCUUUUACAGACCUAUCAGCUGUUCAGUAUGACACACUUAGAAGGUUUCACCACUUCAGACUUUUUCAGGUGAUUUUUACUCUUGUCCUGGCUUUUCAGAAUUCCUCCCUUCCUCUCUCCUAAAGGCAGUUUGGGAAAUGAUGUAAUAUAGGACUCUCAAAAUACUAUAUCCUGUGUAAGAGAAAUUGCAUCACAAAAAUUUGGCCUAACACUUGACAACAUUUCUAAGAACUUCUUUAGUUCUUGUUCUUGAGUGGACAUUUUAAUUUUUUAUCAUUAGAUCUGCAGUUAACAGUGAAGUAAUGUGGCAGUACUGUGUGCUGGCAAAGCAUUAAAUCUGCUUUUAUGUGGUUUUCCACAUAAAUCAGCAAUGUAGUUUAAAAAAAAUUUUUUUUCAUGAAAUCUACUGAUGUCUGGAAACAAGACACCAUAGAGGGUCCCAGUUGCCUGGAACAGACGUGCACAUUUAUAUGUAAUGCUUCAUUAGAAGAUUGCAGGAAAAGAAAAUUGCGUGAGAAGACCUGUUUUUCUCAGGGAUAGGAGUAACCAGUUGCUCUGAAGUGUUGCCAUCUAAACAGUUGAGUAUUAAUAAGUAAAAGAUGGUGUACUUGGUUCAAAUUAAUAGUUUCAGCAUGCCUAAAAAAAACCCAAAAAAACAAAAAACAAAAACAUACAACCAAAACAACCAACCAAAUACAAAGCACCUUUCAUCUCAUGAAAUGACUUGCAUAGAUUUCUUCAAUUAUUUUUUGUAAUUCAGUCCUCUAACUAUGAAGUCCUUGUUCAUUAAUACUCUAUGUGUUCUCUAAAUGGAUGCAAUCAUUGGGUUGAAGUGUGUAAUUGAACUGUUGUAAAUACUGUACAUUUGAAAUGUUCUUAUGUGAAAAUAUAACCUCAAAAGAAGAA